UGACAAUUGGGCGACGGACGGUGCACUUUGAGUUCACCGAUGGAGAACCCGGUGCUGCGGCAGAUCCUGCUGGGGUGCUAUGACGACGGCAGCCCACUGCGCCACCUGCGAAACCAGCGAGGCAUCUUGGAGAUGAUUAUUUCCAGGCUCAUCGCAGCUUGGACAUCGCAUAUUGACCUGAAGACGCGGGGUUUCUUACACCUGGGUCGACGUCGAGAUGCUCCCGUUCGUUGUAUUCCAGGGCGCGUGCCACGACGAAUCGUAUUUCCCCCGAUGUGGCAGAAUUCGAACAGCACGUUCCAUGUCAACAUGAUGCCGUUCGUGAUGGGCGACGUGACGACAUUGCCAGAGCCUUGCAAGCGAUAUGCCGACAUGAUCGAGGCGUGUUUAGCGUGCGACAGCAGCGACGAGUACGGCAAGGUGGGUUACCUAACCAUCCACGAAGGCAUGGUUGAGGCUGGAACGUCCCAGCGCCGCGGGGGCCUGCACAUCGAGGCGGGCGGCGGUGGCGGCGUCGCUGAACGAACAGAAGACUUCUAUUGGGGCAUGGGGAGCUUCCAGCAAAACUUGAUCUACGGUGGGAUCUACAUGGCGUCGACUGAGGCUAAAUCUUGUGCUGUUUACGACGUUGUGAUUGACGACUCGGCCAACGUCGUCGGGGCGCUCGGGGAUAUCGAGCAUUUGCGGUUCGUCCUCGCGAAACACGGCAUUCGACCGUCGGUGAUUCGGGCGAAUGAGCUCAUUUGGAUGACCGAUCGUACGCCACACGAGUCGCUGCCCCUGGAAACUACGACCUUUCGGCAGUAUUUUCGCCUUGUGACGAGUGGCGUGUCCCACUGGUACGCAGAUCACUCGACCCCGAAUCCCCUUGGCACUCAGCCCACAGCCAAGAUUGUGCAAGGCAGCAAGUUUCAAGAAGAAGUCGAUGCAGCUAAAGCGCCUCGAAAAGACCUUUCCUCAUGAUCUGAGCUCGCAGCGCUCGACUGUGUGGCAAAAAUCAUUGCUAAGCAAUUACCUUGAGCAGCAAUGAAAAUUGGAUUUUCGUCUCGGUCGAUUGAAAUGGCAGGUCACACAUCAUGGAAUCUGGAAUUC